CUCAGAGACACUGAUGGAAGUACUCCGUAUGAUUAUGUCCGCGCUUGGUCUGUUAUACUCCAUCGCCCGGACACACUUUCAUCUCUAUUCUUAUGAAUGCGCCAGUAUAAUCAGUUAAGCAUCCUGCAUACGCGGUACAACAGUAUACCCAUAACUACUGAACACAUAGGCAUCCUAAGCGGCUCUGCAGACAUUGAACCACAAACUGUCCCGCCAGGCUCUACAACCAAAGGCCUCCGUCUCCCAGUCUCAGCUGGCGACGCUGUAAUCCAACCAGCAGGAACCGCGCACAGUCAAACAAACGCGAAGGAUUAUCGGUCCAUUGCUGCAUCUCCCGAGAUAUGUUUCCCUUGCAUACCAUGUACCCAUGGCAGCGCACAUGCAAUAUGUUACUCAUGCGGGAUGCUCUGCUGACGUUGCAUAGGGAAGCCGGGAUGAUGGAGUCGCAUCCAUUGAUUUGCCAGUUGAGGACUUGCACGAUAGCGGUCCCUCUGCCCGAAAAUCCGGUGUUCGGGGAAAGAUCGCUGAGGCAGUCGUGGCCUCGGGUGGCGGAUAGAUUUUGGGCUGAAGGAGAGCUAGAAGCUGCCUAAGAUUUUUCUGUGAGUCGAAGGAGUCUAGAUCCUGAAUUUG